CGUCGGGCGGCCAACUCCGCUCCACACACCUCCCAGAAAAAGCUGAUCAAUCGUCAUGAUACUUGUCUUCUCUGCUUUCCGUGCAAACUUCAGCCUCGCGCUUCUCGUUUGUUAGUAGAUAGACAACUUGAUCUUCGGGAAAAUGUCCACGCCGCACCUGCACUCCCCACCGCCCAACCACAGGCACCUCUCGGCUGCCACGAGCGGCCGGCCGGACCCCUCUGAGGUGGCGGCGGAGGGGCGCGUCCGCAUGCUGCUUUUCGCCCUGUGCGUGACCAUCGCCGCCGCCACCUUCGCCGGCGGCGUGUACUCGCUCCUGUCGCUGCUGCGGAUGCGGAGGAAGACGUCCCUGAGUCUCAUCGUGGCGUCCAUGUCCGUGGACGACCUGCUCAGCGUGGUGCCGCUCUCCCUCUUCCUCCUCCUGCAAUGGGAGCGGGACGGAGGCUCGGCCAGCUUGUGCACGCUCGCCGGGCUCCUGUACGUCUUCCAGGGGGUUUCGAGCAACAUGAAGGCCUGUCUGAUUGCCGGCUACACUUUUUACGUGACCAAAAGGUUCGGGGUGUUGCGCUCGGUCCGGCGGCCCCUCCCGGUGUUGUGGGCCGUCGCCGGCGUGUGGGCGGUCAGCCUGGCCGUCAGCGUGCUGCCUUUGUGCGGCUGGGGCAACUUCGCGCAAGCUCCGCUGGGCUGCUUCCCGGAGAGUGACAGUUUCUACACGCUGCUGCUCUUCCUUUUGUAUUCGCUGUGCUUCGGCGGCUUGCUGGUCUUCUUCCUGCCGCUCACCUACCAGCUGCUGUGCUCCGGAGAGCCGCAGAGGAGCGUGCAGUGCGCGGGGUACCCUGGCGACGUCCGCUCGCCCUCCCGGGGCAGCUUGGACAGAAGUUUGGGCGCCUACAACGAACUGAGCCCGAGUUCGUGCGGGACGACGUGCGACCUGAAGGAGGCGAAGGAGGCGGGCGGGGGGUUCCCGGGGUCCGACUGCGGGCAUAGGUCGGCCACUGUGGGGGACACUCCCGUGGUGUUUGCGCAAAAGCGCUUCUCCAUGAUCCUUGCUGUUGUCAGGGUUACUUUGUGGAUGCCAAUGAUGACUCUGAUGCUGGUACGCCAUGCAGCGAAUGCACGCAGCUCGUCCCUAGAGACGCUCGGCUUCUUCCUCACGCUGCUCGCGCCUGCGGUCACCCCCGUCUUCGUGCUGUCCGAGCGCUGGAUCCACAUGCCGUGCGGCUGCUUCAUUAACUGCAACCGUGACCCCACUCCAGACUCCUCAGCAAUGAAAAGAAGAUUUGAGUUCAACCUUUCCCUUCAUAAGAGUUGUGGUGUGUUCAAGCUGUCCCACGGUCCCUCGUCUCACGGCAACACGCCCGCUCAGAAGCGAGCCUACCUUAGCCUCUUCGACAGCGACUUCCCGAACAGCCGUCUGGAUGCGCUCGAGAGUGGUGGGCUCUGUGGCUUGGGCCCAAAUUUCACUUUCAGCACAACGCUCCCCGUAGACGGCUCCUUUCAUUCGGACCUCUUGUUAGAAGAUGUUGGCGGUGGCAGAGAGGCGCUGGCUGACUGUCCUCCUCUGCCCCGCGAGAACCAUGGAGGUGAGGAGUGCUUCCACGAUGUUCCCUCCACGCCCCUUAGUCACCAGGAGAAGGAACGAGAUCUCACAGACACUUCGUCUGUGUUCGAGGGCUCAGAGAGAAGGCUGUCACAUGAAGGGUGCCGGAAAAUUGAGCUGACAGAUUGGGAGUGGUGCAGGAGCAAAUCCGAGAGAACACCCAGACAGAGGUCAUCGGGGGGUCUGUCCAUUCCGCUGUGCGCCUUCCAGGGAACCGUGUCUCUGCAAGCCCCCACUGGGAAGACCCUCUCUCUUUCCACUUAUGAGGUCAGCAGCGAUGGACUGAAAAUCUCCCCCAGCAAUACCAAAAGGGUGGAGGUGUACCGCUCCAAAUCGUUGGGCCACGAGCCCAGUGCAGAUGACAAAGCGUCAGGAGGCCAGACGUGUGAUAUGGAUAUCAAUGGUAUCAGUAUGGGACUGGACAUUGGAAUGGACAUUGGAGCCGGUGACACUAAUGUCAAAAUCCAUCUGGAGGUCCUGGAAAUAUGCGACAAUGAAGAGGCCAUGGACAGUGUCUCCAUCGUAUCCAACAUUAGCCAGUCGUCAACACACGCUCGCUCACCGUCACUGCGUUACUCCCGCAGAGAAAACCGCUUUGUUUCCUGCGAUUUGGGCGAGACCGCUUCUUACUCCCUGCUAAUCCCCACCACAGGCAACCCCGAGACAGAGGCCAUCAACAUCACGAUACCUGACACGGUGGAGGCCCAUCGGCAGAACAGUCGGCGGCAGACGCAGGGGAGCUCGGGAUAUCAAGAGGAAAUACAGUUGCUUAAUGAGGCCUACAGAAAACAGGCUGGAGAGGUGGAAGACUAAAUUUCUCCAAUAGCCCAAGUUUAAAAACGACCUCUGCCAAGUCCAAACAGACAUCAAGUGUUACAUGUUUUGGUCUGUGUAUUCUUUUGCUAAUUAGUUGCAACUUCCCUGUUUCACAGCAAAUAGCGCAACACAUAAUAAAUGAACUGGUCAUUGGCCCAUUCCCAAUUACCCUGUUAUUAGAGAAAGAGCACACAAAAUUGGUAUGUCAGAAUAUGUCAUUUAUUCAGCUGUUCCUUUUAAACAGACAUCGGUUAAGCAGCAUAAUGGGUGUGGGGGAAAUACCAGCUAAUAAUUAACUGACAAGCAGUCAAAAGUCCAGUCAGGUGGGGUGGAUUCCAGCUCCCCAGCUGCCCUGAUAAACAAUAAAGGAAGUCCUCUCUUUCAUUGCUGUGACAACAUUGUAGCCUAAUUUGUAUGUAAGUCACUGAUUUACAUUAAUGCAGUGGUAAAGCCAUAAUUCCAGUAAAUUAUUAUGAAAAACACUAUAUUAUGUAAAUUUGUAUGUCAGGACCAUUGUAAGAUGAGGGUGCCUCGGUACAAAUUGACAGGGUCCCAUUAACAACCACCUUGUCAUUAAUUUUUAUCAUCCAGAAAGCGUCCCAGGAUCAGGUAAUUCAAUGUGAGGACAUCAGUGUGUGAUGUUUUCAAUACUUCAACAUAUAGUACUUACUUUAUUUAUAACUUUAACUUACUUUGAACGUAAGAUAGAGUCACGCAUCACAGAAUACUGAGGUAGGCUCCUAGCAUUCAUAUUGCUGGUCCUCCUAAGUCUGAAAAUUUCCUGGUUGGCUUUAUGGAGUGAGAAAAAUAUAUGGGAAAAUCCCAGCUAACAAAUGACAGGUGACCCGUAAAUCCGAGAGAAUUUCAACACAGAUGGUCUUGAAGAAUUAUGGAUGCAUGCAAGUUAGCAAGGGACUGUGCUACAGUAUUUUGAUUCUGGAGUGGAUUACACCAUUAAGUUUAUAAAACAGUGGUGAGGGCGGCCAUGAUGUACGGAUUAGAGAGGCUGGCUCUGAAGAAACAACAGGAAGCAGAACCGGAGGUAGAGAAAUGAAGAUGCUGAAGUUCUCGCUUGGUGUGAACAGGUUGGAUAGGAUUAUAAAUGAGCUCAUUAGAGGGACAGCCAAAGUUGGAUGUUUUGGAGACAAGGUUAGAGAGAGCAGACUUCGAUGGUUUGAACAUGUGCAGAGACGAGAGAGUGAGUAUAUUGGUAGAAGGAUGCUGAGGAUUGAGCUGCCAGGCAAAAGAACGAGAGUAAGACCAAAGAAAAGGUUGAUGGAUGUUGUGAGAGAGGACAUGAGGACAGUGGGUGUUAGAAAGGAGGAUGCACGAGAUAGGCUCGGAUGGAAAAAGAUGACACUCUGUGGCAACCCCUAACUGGACAACCCGAAAGAAAGAGAAGAAGAUGGACUACACCAUUCAAAGCAUCCAUCUAUCAGCCAUAUUUUUUUGGGUAUAGGGUGUGCAGGGUAACUUUCUUAUCUUGUCCCAUUUCCUAGAGGUCCACCGUCAGAGCAGCUUGUGAGAGAGAAUCCCUCCAGCAUGUCCUGGGUCUGCCCAAUGUCACCUCUAAAAUGGAAAUGCCCGGAAGACAUCACUAGGGAAGCAUCUAGGUGUCAUCUAUUAUAGAUGCUCCAGAAUAAUUCAUAUUGCAGGACAUCUUUCAGUCAGAAUACAUUGACAGAACCAUUGGUUAGAGUGGGGAUGUACAGUAAAUCUACUGGAAAAUUGAAAGCGUCACUGUUAAUUUGUUAACCUUACGCCACAUCUUUCAUAUCUAAACCCCAGUCUUGAUCAAGACCUUAUCAAUCCAGUAUUACAUUUUUUCCCCCAGGGAAGUGAAAUUAUUGCAGAUGGACUGUUCUGUUUGUCACAGAUGUAUUGGCUCUCAUCUGAGCAGCUUUAAUCAUUUCAUGCAGCAAGGCUUAGUUAAGGACACACUAGCCAGUAUUUGUGUAGAAAAUUCAACAAUUUAUACUCCAAGUUAGAGGCACUUCGGAAACCAUAUGUGGUGUUAUUGUUUUGGAUGCAUAACAGGGGAAGAGCUGCAAAGCUGCUUGGCAGAGAGGCCAUUAUCAGUCGACACGAAUCAUUGAGUGGAUACCACCUUAUAAAUAUUACAUUCAGUUGUAAAGUGGUUUUGAAGUAGCCUAACGGUCAAGGAGGCUGUGCUGUUGUUGCAGGCAGAAUUAUUGAGUUUAUUUGGAAAGGAUGAAAGGACGACAUUGUAAGUGAGAGACAGGUGACGUCGUAAGCGUCCUCUCUCAGGCCUCAAAAUUUCCAUGUGCAAAAGAUGCACAUUUUUGUCCACAUAAGAGUGCUGUUUCUGUAGGAAGUGCAGGUGAUCGGAUGAGUCCUUGACCAAAGAAGUUUGCCCAUCUGUGUUGAGCCAUGUAUCUGCUCAGUGAUGGGUUCGAUUUUUUCUUGCUAUUAAGACUUUUCUACCAGCAACACCAGGAAGUCGUGAACCACUGCUGGUCACUCAUUGAAUCAGGAAAUUUGCCACUGCUGUGUUGUGGCAAUUUGAUGAAGUUGGAUAAGCGGUUGAGAUAAUGGAUAAAUGGAUGGAUUGAAAAAUAAGCAUUAAAGUUAAGCUUCAGCGUCAGCUCACCUGUUUACUGUCUUAGCGAUGGCUGGUGCUGUAUUAGACACCAGUUUCUACAUUGCUGCUGCAGUCUUUAGUUCCCUUUUUAGUUCUUUUGGUCAUAAAGUCUGUGACCGUAGGUGACAGUGGGGAUCUAAAAUAACUGAUAAUCUGAGAGUUUUGCCUUUUGGCUCCAGCACGUUGAUUAAUUUGUCAGUCUUGUCUAUCCUGUUUAGGAUCAUAGAUGAGCUGGAGUUGAUCCUAGCUAACUGGAGGCUGAAAAUAUGCUACAUCCAAGACUGGCCACCAGUAAAUCACAUGGCGCAUACUCUGUACCUGCUUUCCAGUGCACUUUAUUGACACUUUUUGACGGGUAAAACCAGGUACAGAAACAAUUUCUUGUCGGGCAUUGGUUGAGGAGAUUUUUGAUCCCAGCACGGGAUCUCUACCAAGAAGUAAAUGCAAGAAUCCAUCAUGAGAUUUUUUCCUGUAAUAUAAUAUUAAAGUGGAAAACUGACUGCACCAGAAUCUGCAAUAUUAUGGUGUGGACAAAAAUACCGACAUCCAAAUAUUCACAUCUACACUCACUUGAAACACCAGCAACUGGGCAAGAACCAAAGAUGCUAAAACUCCAGCCCCUGAAACAAAUGUCACUCACAGAGACCCUGAACAAGGAGUUGGUUCUUCCUUGGUGCACCCCUCCAUACAGUCUAUUCCUUUAAUGGUUUUUGCUUCAUCCUGCUUCCUGAUUUACAAGGAAACGAAGUGCAGUCAAUAUAUCUCCUGCCUGUGAGGUAAAGACAAAGGAGUAGAUGUAGGCAGAGAUAAAUGAUACGUUUUUAGAGUGACAAUGUGGUCAUGUAUCUGAAGUCACCAAUGACCAGGCAGUUGGGGGGGGGGGGGUCAACUGACCCAUGUGUCUGACUCAUCUCCAUGUUUUUUGUGUGUUUGUACGAGUGUAUUUUAUUACAAAAAGUCGCCUAACCCACAUGGGUCCAGACCUGAUGCUAUUAAUGUUUUUUGAUGUGACUGCUACAUGUGUUCACACUAUAUUUUCCCAUUUCUCCCUGCCCUGACUCAUUUUAUUUACACUCUGUUUGGCUUUCUGGCUGCUCCACAUCCAUUACGUGUCAUGUGAUCAGUGUUUUCGCUAUUAAAUGAAAUGACUGCAAAGCAAUAUGUUGAGAUGUGCCGAGAAGAAGUUAGAAUUUAUGGAAGAGUUCGGGAUUAUUCGGGGCAAAGAUGAGAGGACUUGUAUCCCUUUGUGUUGCACAAUGUUUUUUUUUUGCUCGCAAGAAUGUACAGUACCUCCAAUCAGGAGCAAUUUGGGGCUCACUUUGGAUCAAAUCAGUCAGCCACCCAGGGGCCUGCAUGCAUAGACAUAAAUUCACAAUUGGGAUUCCAAGUCAUGUAUUUCAUAUUUUUCAUACACGGUGUAUUCCAAAUGAUAAUAGUUUAAUACCAAUUUGAAUUCUUAUCUCCCUGACGAGCCUCGAUCAAAACCAAAUAUGCCUUCACUUUCCCAGAUAAUGAAGUAACUAUUUUCUGCCUGUGUGUACAAGUGCGUGUGUAUGUGUGUGCUCGUACAUGUGUGGGUGAUGUCUAAAAGCAAACUCGGUAUUCCAGACCAAUCGGAAAAUAUUGGUUUAUGUGAUGUUUUUGAUGGUAUGCAGCUGUUGUUGGAUACAUCAUCUUAAGACAUUCUUCUCAAUUUUUUGAUGAUAUAAUAUAAAAAUUGGAUCAGAAACACCACCAUUUCAGUUCUUAAUGGUGCCAACUGUCCACUCACACUUCACUUUUUAUUAAUCUUUACAUCAAAUUGAUUAAUAAAUGUGUUGCGUUCUUGUCAGCGGGAAUUCAAGGUUUUCAAAUCAGCCACACAAUUUUCUGAAAGUUUGUUGACUGUGUCUGCACAGCACAACACAGAAUUGGGAUUCCACAUAAGAAGAAAGACAAAACAAUGAAGUGGCUUCCAUUUAUUGUUAUGCUAUAAUUAUUCCACAACAGCUUCAUAAUGUGUUUUACUGUCUAAAUGGGAUAUAUAAUGGAUUUUGUAUCAUUAAAAACAGUUCCCGCGCGUCUUUACAAAGGGAGCCUGACGUUGUUUCAUAAAAAUACACAAAAGAUAAAGAAUUACGCCACACUUAAGUGUUCUUAUUAAAUGCUGCACCCACUUAAAAUUACACUCCUCACACAUUGGCCACUUGGGCCAGUGGAAAUUCGUUACCAUGAUGACCGGAUCAGAGCAAGGGUAUGGCAACUGGACAAGCAGCAAACUAUAGUCUGAAGGCAAAGGCAAUCAGAAUAAGAUUCGAGGAAGCAGAGAUACCGGGCAUCUUUACUCAUGGGUGCAGCCCUGAAUUAUUAUCAGAC